AUGUCCGCCAACACGUUUCGUACAGCGUUGCUUGACUGCUUUGCCAGAGUCUCGAGAUUAGGAUUGAUUUAUCAUGCGGCUCUCACCACAGAAAAGCCUCAUCUAGCAGGAAACAAUGAUUUGGAGUCUGAUCCUGAAGGAGUUGAUGCAGAUGACAACGGCGAUCUUCAUCCAGUUGAGAACAGCAAGAGCGAGUUGGUAACCGCAUUCGAUGACCCAGCCUCGCUGUACCAAUAUAUCUCACCCGUCAGCCAUACUCGUCAUCCAAGAGUUGCGUUGGGCAUAAUCGUUUCUUCCAACAAAUACUCCAAAUCCGGAGUCGAACCAUUCACGAUCAAUUUUCAAGUGGGAAAUCUAACGCCACACAUACUCACGCUUUCCAAUAUUGAACCAGUAAGACCGAUGGGCUCCUCAGUCACAAAUGGGCCGAUAGUACGUCUUGUUGAGCAGUCAAUCCGAGGUGUGAUUGCUCAAUAUCGACUGGAAAUCUUCGGACCUGAUACAACCACGCAAUUGCUCCCAAGGCCUGCCACCCUUGGAAACAACUCAGAGCGCUUCAAAACUUUGCAACCUCUUCACUGUAGCGAACAUGCUGCAUGGAUCAAUAGUCCAAACUAUGCGGACUUGUGGUGUAAAGACCUCAAGCUGAAGCUUAUGGUUGGCAUGCACUACACAAUCGAUAUCAUGCCUGCUGGCUCACUCUGGGGUCGGAGAAUUAUGGAUGAGAUGAUCGAAUGUGAAUUUCUGAAUCGGCGUCUUCCCUCAUUUGAAGUUGUAGAAUAA